CUUUGCGGCGCUUGACGGGUUUUUCACUUUUGCAAAAUCGAUCAAACGAGCGCAGUAGUAGCUCAAAAAAGACUCUCUGCACCCGCAUCGAUUGCGCUUGAAGCCGCCACAGCGGUAGGACGAGCCCUCGCGACGCAAACAGACCACAGCUCUCUGGCAGCACAAAUUGCAGGCGAGGCCACGGCCGCAUUCGUCGUCCGCUGCAGGCGCGGAGUGUAUAUAAGCGUUCUUGACACCCUAGCCAUUGGGCGUAUUAUUGCUUGACGACGGACAUGGGCCGCCGCAAAAGCCAGGCGCCCGCAGCGGAGACGCCACAGACAUCGAUCACCGCGUUCCGCGAGGCCGAGAAGCGCUACCGGCCGCGGACGCGGACGCCCACCGACUACAGCGACGUGCUGGACCUGCGCGACGGCGCGGCCGCCGGCGUGGCCGCGGGCGCCGUGAGGCGCGCGGGACCGGGAGCCUACGAACUCACGGAUAGGCCGGGCCUGUUCGUGCUGCCGGGCGUCGUCGCGCCGGACGCGCAGCGGCGCCUGGCCUUUUGCUGCUACGGCGCGUACCACCGGCCGCCCGCGGAGACGAACUUGACUUGGCUCGCGCGGCGCGACGGCACGGCGCCGCCGCCGCGGACCGCCGCGCCGCCCGCGAACCUGCGGUGGGCGACGCUCGGCCGCCACUACAACUGGACGGAGCGGACGUACGCGUGCGACCACGCCGAGCCGAUGCCCCGCCACGUCGCCGAGCUCUGCGACGACCUGUGCGGUUUGAUUGGUGUGACGAUGAACGCCGAGGCGGCCAUCGUGAACUACUACCGGCCGGGCGACACCAUGGGCGGCCACGUCGACGACGCGGAGACGGACCGCUCGUUGCCGCUCGUGUCGGUCAGUCUUGGAUGCAGCGCGGCGCGGUGCGAAAUCAAGUGGUCGUGCGAUCGCGGCACUGGUUCAUUUCCAUGCAGGCGCGGUGUUCCUCGUCGGCGGCGCGACGCGCGACGUGGCGCCGACGGCCGUGUGGCUGCGCUCGGGCGACGCGUGCGUCUUCGUCGGCGAAGCGGCGCGGUCCUACUACCACGGCGUCCCCCGCAUCUUACCGGACACGUGUCCAUCACACCUACGAGAAGCCACGGCCUGGCCCGACGCGCCCGGCCCCGGCGACGGUGACAGUAGCGAUGCGGCGUACGCUGCGGGCCGGCCGGCCGACGACGAGGCGCUCCGCGGCCUCUGCGAGUUCCUCCGCGGGUCGCGGCUCAACCUCAACGUCCGCGAGGUCGGCGACUAAGUAAAUGUUGUUAUGAAA